AUGAGUGCAUCUGCUGCGAAAAAAAUAUUUCGAAAGGGCAAAAAGCCAGAGCAAGGUGGUCCACCCCAUAAACGGCGGAAGCUCGACCAGCUGAGCUCCGGAUCUCCAGGCGUGGCCCUCGUGUCCUCACAAGACACGUCUACUUCUGCUUUUCCAAGAGGAAAUUCAACUACAGUUACCGAUCCUGAACUCGCUGUCGAUUUCACCACAUCAAAAACUAAAAAUGGCGAGUCCCUUGCGACGCUCCGCAAGAUGAUUUUCGGACGACUAGAGUAUACGUCUACCCAGAAAGAUCCAGGAAAAUACCUCGCAAUCGAUUGCGAGAUGGUGGGCGUAGGCAUCGACGGCGAGGAGUCGUCGCUUGCGCGCGUUAGCAUUGUGAAUUAUUGGGGCACAGUGCUGCUAGAUGAGUUCGUAAAGCAGAAGGAACGUGUUGCAGAUUAUCGGACUAAGUGGAGUGGGAUACGCCCCUCAGAUAUGGUCAAAGCCAAGCAAUUCGAGGAGGUGCAGAAAACAGUUGCGGCUUUGACCAAAGAUCGCAUCAUAGUGGGACAUGCCGUGCAUAACGAUCUCAAGGUUCUAUUACUAUCGCACCCAGGUGCAUACAUACGGGACACGCAACGCUUGGCGGCAAAACACAACGUAAUCAAUAGUAAACGCCCUGCUCUUCGCAACCUUGUAAAACAAGAACUUGAUGUUGUUAUCCAGGGAGGGGAGCACUCCAGUGUCACAGACGCUAGGGCAACGAUGGCUGUGUUCCGGCUACACCGAAAAGAGUGGGAAAAGGGAUUCAAACCGUUGCCCGCACCUAGGGCUGGUGCAUCAAAGAAACGGAAACUUGAUGAGAGUAGCGAACCAGUUGAACCUACCCCACCAGGUAGCGGGAGGAAGGGCGUCAGUUCUGGACUUUCUACAAUAGUGAAACGGACACCGCAGACGAGAUCUAAAUCUACAGUCAAGACUGCUAGCGAUAAUUGGUGGACCACCCUGGGUGCCAGCGGCAUCGCAGGGAAGGGUUCCAUGAAGCUGUAG